AGAGUCACUUCCGUCCCAGUUAGUCGAGGCCGCGGCCUUCAUUCCUCUCGGAAAGGUCUCUUCCUUUCCCUAAGAAAAGAAAGAGAAAAUGACCAAGUUCCAGGAGCCAGUGAUGUUCAAGGAUGUGGCUGUGGUCUUCACUGAGGAAGAGCUGGGGCUGCUGGACCCGUCCCAAAGGAAGCUGUACCGGGACGUGAUGCUGGAGAACUUCUGGAACCUGGUGUCACUGGGGAAUCAGCCCUUCAAACCAGACCUUAUAUUCCAGCUGGAGAAAGAGGAAAAGUGUUUGAUGAUGGAGACAGAAACUCGGAGAGAUGGGUGUUCAGGAACUGAGAACCAACAUAAUAUGGAGACUAUUCAAGAAGUAGGAUUAAGCUACCUUUCUCCCAAAGAGCUGACCUCUUUGCAGACCUGGCAACAAGGUACAGGCGGGUUAACCAGGUGUCAAGAUUCCAUAAAAAAUUUUCAAGGAAAUAUUUCUAAGUUGCAAAAACAAGGGGAUUCCCCCUGCCAGGCUUCAGCAGGAAUACCAAUUCAGAUUUCUGAAGAUGGAAGUUAUAUAUUGACUCACAUAGGGAAUGGUUCUGAUUACAUAAAAAAUCAAGAAUUUUCAUCUUGGAGAGCCCAGCAUUCUUGGAGGAAAAUGUAUUUGCUAGAGUCACGUAAUUAUCAGUGCAGAUGUCAACAAAGCUCCAUAAGAAAUAAUUUCUCUAAGUGUGACGUCAGUUGGAUCUCACGUCACAAUGAUAAUCUGAGAGUACACACAAUAGAAAAAAACUACAGCUGCCAUGAUUGUGGAAAAGACAUCCUGAAUGUUUCCUUGCAUAAACAAGACAUAAUUCAAACAGGGCAAAAACCCUGUCCGUGUAAUGGGUCCAGAAAGGCCAUCAUUGAUGACUUCAGCUCCGAGGUACAUCAACAGUUAGAAGGGGAGCCCUGUACAUACAGUCCUUGUGGAAAGGACUAUAGUCAUCAUUCAGCUCUUCAUAAACAUCAAAAUGUUCAUAGAGGAGAUGAUUGUGUUUUUGAGAGUUCACAUCUGCAAUCCCAACAGAGAGAACAUACAGAGGAGAUGCCGUGUAAAUGUGACUAUGGUGAGAACUUGAGUCAGUGCUUAUCUCAUAACAAGCAUGAAGUUGUUCACACAGGAAAGACAUUCUAUAGUUAUGAGAAAGCCUUCAGUCAUACCUUAGACCUCAGUAGCAUUUUUAGGGUUAGUACUCAGGAGGAACCCCACAAAUGUAAGGCAAAUGGGAAUGUCUUUAAUCAGAGUUCUCAUCUGCAAGUUCAUCAUAAAAUCCACACUGAAGACAAACUUUACACAGAUGUGGGAUGUCAGAAAGGUUUUUUUUGUAGCUCAAAUCUUAACAUUCAGCAGAGAGUUCACAUGGAAGAGAUUCCCUGUAAUUCUGAGGAACAUGGCAAUGGCUUCAGUCUGCUCUCACAUAUUCAGAACCAUCAGAUAGUCCACUCUAGGGAACAACCAUAUAAACAUUCAUGUGUUAAUAGCUUCAGCCAAAACUCUUAUUUUCAAGGCCAUCAGAAAAUUCACAUUGGCGAGAAACCCUAUAAGGAAUGUGGAAGUGGCUUCAGUUGGAGUUCAGAACUUAAAGAUCAUCAGAUAGUCCACACUGGAGAGAAGCCGUACAAAUGCAAUGCUUGUGGUAAAGGCUUCAGUCAUAGAUCAGUUUUUAAUGUCCAUCAGAGAGUCCACACAGGAGAGAAACCUUAUAAAUGUGAGGAGUGUGAUAAGGGAUUCAGUCGGAGUUCAUACCUUCAAGCCCAUCAGAGAGUCCACACUGGAGAAAAACCAUACAAAUGUGAAGCAUGUGGGAGAGGCUUCAGUCGCAAUUCAUACCUUCAGGGCCAUCAGAGAGUUCACACUGGAGAGAAACCAUACAAGUGUGAGGAGUGUGGGAAGGGCUUCAGUAGGAGUUCACACCUUCAAGGCCAUCAGAGAGUCCACACUGGAGAAAAACCCUAUACAUGUGAGGAAUGUGGAAAGGGAUUCAGUUGGAGCUUUAAUCUUCAAAUUCAUCAGAGGGUUCACACAGGAGAGAAACCCUAUAAAUGUGGAGAAUGUGAUAAGGGCUUCAGUAAGGCCUCAACUCUUUUGGCCCAUCAGCGAGUUCACACAGGAGAGAAGCCAUACCAAUGCGAUGAGUGUGGUAAGAGCUUCAGUCAGAGAUCAUACCUUCAAAGCCAUCAGAGUGUCCACACUGGUGAGAGACCAUACAUAUGUGAGGUAUGUGGGAAGGGCUUCAGUCAGAAAGCAUAUCUGCAGGGUCAUCAGAGAGUCCACACCAGAGUGAAACCCUAUAAAUGUGAGAUGUGUGGGAAGGGCUUUAGUCAGAGGUCACGCCUUGAAGCACAUCGCAGGGUCCACACAGGCGGGAAACCAUACAAAUGUGAGGUGUGCACAAAGCGCUUCAGUGAGAGUUCACGCCUUCAAGCACAUCAGAGGGUCCAUGCAGAAGGGAGGCCCUAUAAAUGUGAGCAAUGUGGCAAGGGUUUCAGUGGGUUUUCAAGUCUUCAGGCCCAUCACAGAGUCCACACUGGGGAAAAACCAUAUAAAUGUGAGUUGUGUGGGAAGGGCUUCAGUCAGAGAUCAAACCUUCAGGCUCAUCAGAGAGUCCACACAGGAGAGAAACCAUAUAAAUGUGAUGCAUGUGGUAAGGGUUUCCGUUGGAGCUCAGGUCUUCUAAUUCAUCAGAGAGUCCAUAGUGAUAAAUUCUAUAAGAGUGAGGAGUAUAGCAAGGAUUGUCCAUCAGAGAAUUCAUACAGAAAUGGAGUGCUGUAAAAUGGUUUUUAAUUUUAUUUUGAUGUCUUCAAACAGGAGCUGAAUUUUUCCAUUUACUAGAUUUCUCAUAGUAGAAAAAAAAUUUUUCAGUGAAAAUGUGAUGUUUCAACCCAACUUCAGCAUUCACAGUAGUCAGGAGACUACACAGCCACCUAACGAGCUGUUCCAUGAGGGAUUUUGUCAGAAAUGUAGUUAUCAGUCAUUGCACAUGACUUAACUAGUUGCACUAGGGCUUGUAAAAGAUAAGAGCAUAGUUUGGAAUUUAACAAAAGUACAAUGAUGAGCAUGCCUAAAUCCUUAUCCACUUGAAUGAAAGCUUAAGGAAAGGAGCUUCAGUCAUUGCUAAGUAUAUAAAGCCAUCACAUUGCCUAACUCAAUGGAGGUGCUCAGUACUUUUUGCUAACUGACAAAGUGUGUAUUGAAAUUUAUUAAGCUCACUCACCCCCUAAGAAAACAUGUAUUUGGAGGACUGCAAGUAACCUUAAUAUAAUCACUUCAGGUAGAUAAAUACUAUUUGAAAUGCGGAACAUCAAGGAAAUUUGCUGUCUGAAAUGAUAUGAAUUUGGUUGUAACCCUGUUAGGAUUGAUCUCUGUCCUGUAUGCCA